UUGCCAAAUAGAGAGCACGACCAUCCCGACGACUUCACCAAGAAAUAAGGGUAAAAGAGAUCGAGCCGAAGGUCUGAGGAGCUAACUCACCGGAAAAUUCAUGCAUGAUCAAUGUCGAUUGCAAAUCUGCAGCUAGUGACUCCACCGAGAAGCAGAAGCUCCAAAUCAUGGCCCGGGCUUUGUUUGGCAAGAGAAGAGUCGUUGCCGGCACUGGAUUCCGGUGAAAGCAUGAACAUCCACACUUUUGGGGGGUGCGGACGUCCUCUUCUGAUCGUUUAUGUGUGUGUGUAUAUAUACACAGAAACGAUCACUAGGGCUUUAGUCAAUGUUUUACUUUCUAGAAAAACCUCAUACCCAAAACCACCUUCAUUCUCCUAGAGACUAAAAACACGAAAAUCAUGCGUCAGAUUACUGACGCUGAACCAGUUUGGAAUUCUUCUGCUAGAAAGUGCAACCGCAUUGUCAAUGAUCGCAUCAGUGCAUUGCCAGAUGAUAUCCUUCAUCACAUUGUCUCGUUAUUGAGUUUGACUUUGAGGGAAGCUGUAAGUACAAGUGUUUUGUCUCACCGCUGGAAGAACAUGUAUGUUUACAUGUCAAGCCUUGAAUUCGAUUGGUGUAAGAUGCUCGCAGCCAAAAGGGUGGAUAGUAUCUAAUGCAAUACCGGGGAGUUUCGCAGGAAGAAUGUGCGGUCUUUAGUAAUAACAAUAGAUAGAUUCCUAACGUGCCGUUUGGCUUCGAGGAUUGUCUCCUUCAAAGUUAGUUGCUGCCUUUAAAAGGAGUAUGCUCUUAAUAUUGGUGACCGGAUUGAUUGUGCCGUCAAAAAGGGUGUUGAAAAUCUUGAUCUAGCCUUUACGUGUGAAUUUGAUGACCUAUCUGAACGAUUUAGUGAAAGGAUCAGCUAUUAUGAGUUUCCAAUUCUUCACCUUGUGAAGGGUAAAGAAUCCAAAUUAAGGCAUAUUGUAUUGCGCUCAUGCUUUCUGGGGGUAUAUUUUCAUGAUCGAUUCAGCACACUCUCCACUCUUGUGUUUUAUGAUGUGCAUUUUGUUGGACAAGCUGAUCCACUCAUGUUUUGUUCUUGUGUGAAGCUUCAGUCUUUGACAUUGCAUUCGUGUUUCGGAUUAGAAAGAUUAAGCAUUUCACUCGAUCAGCUAGUAGUGAAAAAAUGCCUAGGUUUAAGAGGAAUUGAGCUUAGUGCUCCAAAUCUUCCAAACUUUUAUUGUCAAGCCAAUUUCAUUGAUAUCUCAUGAAUAAAAGUUCCUAAUGUAGUGGAAGUUUAUGUUUCAGUUAUCAGAAUCAAUGUGAUGAAUACUUUUGCUCAGCUAGAGAAAAAUCUUCCUAACAAGUACUAA